AUGGAGACCCGGUCGCCCCACCGUGCCGCUCCCCCUCCUGUGGAGGCGGGCGGGGCUUCUCUCCCGUGCUCGCCUCAUACUGCCAGCAGCGCUAUUUGUCGUCCCCCGUUCCCACCGCCACGCGUCUUGCCCUCUGUCUCUGCUCUCUUCGUGGUUUUUCUUCUCUCGUGCUUUCUGCUUGCCACGCCGGCUUCCGGCGGGGGGUCAGCUCGGCUUGCGUUCGACCUUUCCAGGUUGCUUCAAACGCUGCUGCCGUCGGGCGUCCCUCACCCCCAUCCGUUUGGGAACCCCUGCGCUCGCCCGUUUUCUCCGCUGACUUCUUCCUCGCCUUCUUUUUGCUCGCCCUCUCCCUCCUCGUCCGCUGGUGCCGCGAGCAGCUCAGCGCGCUCUUUCGGAGGCGGCGUGGGCUGUGGCGUCGCUCGUCGGUGCCCAAGUACUCCGCUUCCUUCCCGCGGUGAUGGCGGAGCUGAGGUGGAUUCAGAGAGGCGGCGGUCUGCGGAGCCUGGGCGAGCGCCUCUCGCGUGCCUUGUGCCUCUGCGUGAUCAGGCAGAAGGGCAGGGCGUGGAGGGAGCAGACAGCCAGGGAGCGCUCGGCGAAGGGACCGGCAGCCCGCUCACGUCGACCGAGUCCACACGGGGUUUGCCAGAAGCCACACGAGCGUCUGAGGGGUAUCAGUGGCUGGCGGCGCUUCGCGGCGGAGGCUCUGGGCGAUCGUCGUCUCCCUUCGCCUCUAGGAGGCGCCCAGCCUUCCAGAGGCGGCAAGACCUGCAGAAGCUCAGCGCGCGUGUCUCUCAGGCAAAAAGACGAUUUCUGCUAGAGCCCUUCGCUCGGCUGUCUGCGUCGUACUCCUCCGUCCCACCAGUGACCCGCAUGUACUGCUCGCUCUCGCUCCUUCUCACAGCGUUGUCGUCUUCCACGCUCGCUUCUGCUGUGCGCGGCGCUCUGUCCAAGUCGCCGCCCUCCCGCACGUUUGCGCAGCAAGGCGGAGUGGGCGGUGGCUCAUUUCCUUCUUUCGCUACACAGCAGCCGCCCUCAGAGCCGGAGGGCCUCGUGUCCCCUGAGCAGCUCGCCAUGCACGCGGCCCGAGUGCUUCGCGCCUUCGAGCUCUGGCGGCCCUUCACCGCGGGCACAUUCUUCGGAGGACCCUCGCUGGGCACUCUCCUCCGGAUCUACGGCGCAUACACGAGUUUGCGGCAGAUGGAAGAGUCUAUGCCUCUCACGCCGGGCUCGUUGGGCUCCAUUCGGGACACCGCACAGCACGCGUCCCCCCCUCCCUCCCCGCCGUCUCUCGCGAGGAAGAGAAAAAGGCCGUUGGGUGUGGGGGGACGGGCCGCGCGCGGCUCUGGAGGCGUGCGCUCGUUCGCGCCUCACUCGUCGUUUUCGUUUGCGACGGGGAAGGGACAGGGGCAAAAGAGCGACGAAAUCUCCACGAAAGGACUCGUCGAAUCCUCGCUCGGCGCCAUUCAGGCUGCACGCUCUGCGGAAGUCCUCACAUUCCUUCUUUUCCAGUACGCAAGCCUAGCCGCCAUUGCCGGCGUCCUCAAGCUGCCCUUCUUCGCCUCCUCGCUCUCCACUGCGGCUCUCUAUUACAAUUGUCGCGUCAAUCCUGAGGCACAGGCCUCCCUCCUCAUGGGCAUCAAAGUCCCGCAAAAGUUCCUCCCGUACGGCUUGAUGGCUAUCGACGUCUUGCAUGCGCAGGAUCACCGCGCCGCCCUUCCUGGACUUAUGGGGAUAUGCUCUGGAGAGCUUUACUGGCUUCUCACCCAGACACUCCCUCUGGGGGUUGGCGGUUCUCGCCUCUUGAAAACGCCUGAGAAAUUCCGCCGACUUCUGAUGCGUCUGGCCGCAUCAAGGGCGAUGAGCCGCAAAUGA